AUGGAGCCGACAGGACGCGGAGGCGCGCGUCAAAGAAGCAACAGUGGUCCCGUCUGGUCUCUUCAGGGCGGGCUGCUGGGCUGGGCGACCGCGGCCGCUGCAUGCGUUCACUCUCUGAUGACCACGAGGUCGCUGUCCGAAUGGAGUCACGGCGUCGAGUCUCUCUUGAUUUUCUGGAUCUUCCUGGUCCUCACCAGCUACGUCGCUAUGGAAGUUUCGAUGCGACUCUUCGUCGGCAAGCUCAGAGUCUUUGAACGCAACCGGGCGAAAGAAAAACUACUCGAAAAGGCAGUAAGGAAACUCUCUCCCGAUGCCACUCCUCCGAGCCGCAGGCACAUUCAGAAACGAAGGCACCCAGAUACGCACACCCAGGGUGCAUCUACGGAUGUAAAUAUAUGUUUACACGUAUAUAUAUAUAUAUAUAUAUAUAUAUAUGUUUAUGUUUAUGGACAUGAACAAAUAUAUAUGUGUGCAUAA